CGUACACCGAGCGCAGUAAUAUCUAUCGCUAGCCCAUAGCUACCUCCGCUAUAUUGUGUCCGAAGUUUCGCCCAAUAGCCAUUCCUAUACUGCAGUCACUAGUUAUUACAAGUAGAACAUUAUCCUGGAAAAGGAUUUAUAAAACUGGAGAUGGGCUGCUUUCGUCCGCCAGUGAAAGCUCAAAUGGGCAAGAACCUUCUCCCCGCGCUCAGGGUCGUUCUUGCCUCACUCAUCCAGGCCAUUGGCAGCAUGGCAUGGCAUGCACACGUGGGAACAAACUCUAAUCCGACGCCGCAUCGAUUUCUCUCCUCAACAACUUGUUGAUCACACUCGACUCCUCUGCCACAUCGUCAAACCUUGGAUUGCGCAAAAACCGCACGGGCUGGAAGCAUCCUCCUUCUUUCUCUCGGCAAAGGUCCCUGCGCCAGUUAUCGACGCCAGCCGCCAGGACUUGCCCCGCGGUAGAGGGCCGCUGUCUGGCCUGCGCUGGCGCCUCACGCCCAAGCUCCUUGUGCACUGGACAAAAACGGCGGGCAACAGCAGCGCAGUGCCGCCUAGGAUCCAGUUGUUCUGCGGAGUACGAAACUUUCGAGUGCGGCAACUUGCGAGACGUCGAGACACAUCUCCAACCAGAUACGGCGACGCCGGACGGUCAAGUCACCACCACAUGGGCAAUCUCUCGACAAGUGACAGUGUCACCGUGUCAGUGCAAGGGGUUCGCUACUUUAGAUUUUUGACUUUGCUUCGCACUACUCCCCACUCGGCCUACCAAGGCGCGGAUGCUAGCCGGUGGGCCUGCUGAAGACUGGCGAGUGACGAUAAACCGAACCCCUAUAAGGGAUCAAUCAUUCUGUCUCUCGGGCUUGCCCGGCAAUGGUAGCACAGCCAUCUCAGGGCUCCAAAUCAACAACGGUCGAAGAAGAGACUUUCUGACACAAACCGACUUUUACCCUCGGGGAACCAACAUUAGCGCACCCCAAGCGUUUGUUUACUGGGUGCCCAGGGUCAGAUUUGCUCACCUGGGGAUCUUGUCUGCUCCAAGGCUGGCGAUUCGUGCGCGGCUUGCCGGGUCCCCAGGGCCGCAUCAACGGUGACUCGUGGGCUUGAACAGAGCAAAACCCUCGUCUCCCUUGCCUCCCUGUUGGGCGGGAACCGCCGCAGCUGCUCGUGCGCUC